AUGGCCGUUAAAACUACAAAACCCCGUAUACUAAUUGUUGGUGCCGGCCUCGGUGGACUGACACUAGCCCAGUCCUUGCGAAAGCAGGGCAUUCCAUUCGAGGUUUUCGAACGAGACACAGAUGCACAGUCUCGAUUCUUAGGAUGGGCCAUUGGCGUACAUACAAUUCUCGAUGACUUAGUUUCAUCAAUACCUAACGACUUACCGCCAAUAAAGGAGAGUAUAACUCACUUGUCCCCACUGAAGCUCGAAGCGCAACUUUCUUUUUACUUCCACGGAAAGCACAUGGCCGUACAAUCUAGUCCCGAGCAGCAAGUUAUAAGGGCAAACAGACCUCGUUUUAGGGAUUGGCUCUCUACCAAUAUCCCAAUUCAAUGGGGAAAGAGACCUACACGAGUGGAGCAAGUUCAAGACGAAAUCCUACUCCACUUUGAGGAUGGAACUACGGCCACCGGUGAUAUUCUCGUGGGGGCAGACGGAGUAAAUAGCUUUGUGCGCGAACACCUUCUUGGGGUCCCCAACAAGGAACUUCUCCAGCCCAUUCCAAAUUGUAUGAUCUGCGGCGAAACAACUUUGUCGGGAGAAGCAUUCGAACGCCAGCUUUCUCUCGCACAUAGCUGCUAUGUGGCGGUCGGCCCAGCUUCUACCAAUUAUUUCCUGUUUGUAGGCUUGAACCGAGUGAGCUCGGAUGGAAAGUCUGGGCGGUACUAUUGGUUUAUCGCGGAGAAAGAUCCGUCCAUUGCUAACGAGAACCACUGGACCAAAUCUGCUUCGCAAGCAGAGCUAUACGACCACGUUAUCAAGUUAACAAGUGGUCUUGAGCCUAGGUUUUCCGAAGUCAUUGAGUCGACUUCUGUAAGCGAGGUCAAGCCCAAGCCUUUCAUAAUUCGCGAUGCGGAAAUUGAGCACUUGCCGGUCGGCAGAAUAACUCUGCUUGGCGAUGCGGCUCACCCAAUGAGCCCAUUCCGUGGUGAAGGCGGCGCACACGCCUUGCUUGACGCGCUAAACCUUUCGAAAGCCAUCGGGCAGUUGAAGUCGAAUGAUACCAGCGAAAUCGAGUCUCUCUUCGGCCCCUAUCAGAAAGAAAUGCUAGAACGAGGCGCGCGCGCCGUCAAGGCUUCUAGAAGUCAGCAUACCUUUGAGACUAUUGCCGAUGGUAAUAUAGUGGCAUGGGGUCAGACUCUUGUUGAGGUUCCGGAUGAGACUAUUACCCUCGAGGCUUGCCUCCCUUGA